AUCAGUGUGUUUGCUGCGAGCAGAAUAAGUUGAUUUUAUCCCAAAGCGAUCAUGAGCAGAGGAUUGUUUUUACGUUGAGUGUGUGAACAAAGAUGUGCAGCGACUGGAAAACGUGUUUUGACGGAGCUGCGAUGCUUUUGAAAUGAUUGUGGGAGAGAAAUGAGUGUUAAAAGCCGCCGAGCAGCGCCGCUCAGGACGGUGAAUCUGUGAGGUUUGGAGGCUCCCCAAAGAAAAUGCAGAGAGCAUCAGAGCUGUACAAGAGCUGAAUAUGAAGAGACACAAGUCCGCUAUCGGCUCCCUUCAGCGUCAGCCUCCAGCACUUGUCCCACAUUGAGUUUGGAGCGUUUUAUCGAUGAGGAGAAAACACAAGUGAGCCGGCAUCAGGAGGCAGGGGCCGGGUUGAGUCUCCACGGUUCUCAUGGUGUGUUUAAGUGCAGCCUCCUGCUCCGGACUCUCCAACACUCAGUGUCACUGUCGUAUCGCGCUGAGCAGGAAGACAACACAUUAAGUUGACAGAAUGGCAGAAGUAGCUCCAGCUGCAGCUCCCGCCGCCGCCGCCGCCGCCCCGGCUAAAGCAGCCAAGAAGAAGGUUUCCAAAGCGAAGAAGGCCGGCCCCAGCGUCAGCGAGCUCAUCCUGAAAACUGUGGCCGCAUCCAAGGAGCGCAGCGGCGUGUCUGCGGCCGCCCUCAAGAAGGCUCUGGCUGCCGGAGGCUACGAUGUGGAGAAGAACAAGGCCCGCGUCAAGACCGCCAUCAAGGGCCUGGUGACCAAAGGGACUCUGGUCCAGACCAAGGGGACCGGGGCCUCCGGAUCCUUCAAGAUGAACAAGAAGGCGGCCGAGCCCGCAGCCAAGAAGAAGAAGCCGGCAGCAGCAGCAGCAGCAGCAGCAGCCAAGAAAGCCGCCGCUCCUAAAGCCAAGAAGCCCGCAGGAGCAGCAGCAGGAGCAGGAGCCAAGAAAGCCAAAGCAGCAGCGGCCAAAAAGCCCAAAGCAGCGGCAGCCAAGAAGCCCGCAGCCGCGAAGAAGUCCCCGAAGAAGGCCAAGAAACCCGCGGCGGCGGCGGCCAAGAGCCCCAAGAAAGCCGCGGCCAAGAGCCCCAAGAAGGCCACCAAGAGCCCCAAGAAGGUGGUGAAGAAGGCUCCUGCAGCCAAGAAAGCCCCCGCAAAGAAGGCUGCAAAGCCCAAAGCCAAGAAGGCAGCACCCAAGAAGAAGUGAGCUGUCAGCAGUCUGAAUGUGUCCGACUAAAGGCUCUUUUAAGAGCCACCCACACUCCCCUUAAAGAGCUCACUCCUGCUUAUUAUUCUUACUCUUCUUCUUGUUGUUAUUGUCUCCAGAUGUUAGGAGGUUUUCUAUUAUUGUUACAAUGUAACCUGAUCUGAGGCUGUCUGUCAACACUGCUGAACUGGAUCACCAGAUAAGACACAAAAAGCUCAAAUGUAUCAUAAUGUAUUAUUAACAAAUAUCUGAGGAGAGCCAGUCAGCUAAUUUAUAUUUCUCACUGUUUUAUAUUUGAGCAUUUUUCUUGUACAGUGAUUGUAUGAAACAUAAAAUAUUAGAAUAUAAAAGGACAAAAAAAAAACUAUUCACUUUACUAAAAGUGAGACAAACUAAUCCUUAAUACUGAAAUCUUCACAUUGGGUUAUUUUACAGUAAUCAUUUAUAAUUUAUUGUCCUGUGUAACUUAAAACUCAUAAUAAUUAAUCAGUGUUAGUUAUACCAGAACAAUAAUAACAUUUUAGUGAUUAUAACAAUGACGUGAUAAUCAAACUGACCCUGGAACAUAUUGAACAUUUAACAUGUCUUCAUGUCUAAAACAUCUUUAGGCCGUUUACAUUAAAUAUAAUAUAUAUAUGAUAUAAUGUGGUUUUGUUUACUUAAGUUUCAACCUGUCAAAUCUUUAGAUUAUUUAACGUUGUUACAUUGAAACAGAGAUUUUCUAUUAUUGUUACAAUGUAACCUGAUCUGGAUA